AUGUUUCCAUGGCUAGCUUUUGGUCAUUUGACUCCAUUUUUGGAGCUCUCCAAGCAAAUUACUCAAAAGGGUCACAAAAUCUCUUUCAUUUCCACUUCUAAAAACAUUGAUCGCCUACCGAAACUCCCUCCUCAUUUAGCUUCUUCAAUAACUUUCGUUAAACUUCCGCUGCCGUAUGUCGACAACCUUCCUAAAAAUGCAGAAGCAACAAGCGAUUUAACUCCACAUGAUGUCUGCUACCUUAAAAAAUCCUAUGAUUGUCUCCGAGAACCCUUAUCGGAAUUCCUUGAGUCUUCCCUUCCUGACUUUAUCCUUUUUGAUUUUGUGUCCUAUUGGGUACCUGAUAUCGCUCGUAAACUCCAAAUCCUCAGUGUUUACUUCAGUAUAUUUUUGGCAUCAACUCUGUGUUAUUUGAGUUCAGGCAAUUCUAGAGACCAUCACAAACAUGUUGAAGAUUACAUUGUAGCUCCCAAUUGGGUUCCAUUUCCUUCAAAAGUAGCACAUCGCCUUUUUGAAGUUUUACGGGUAUUCAAUGGAACGAAAAUAACUGUUGAUGAAUUCACCAUUCCUGAAUAUAAUAAGCGUUUCCAAGAUUCAAUGAAUAAUUGUGAUCUAAUAGCCGUGAGAACAUGCCAAGUGUUUGAACCAGAAUGGCUUAAACUUGCUGAGCAUUUGCCUAAUUUUCCCUUAACUAAAAUCUGCAAUUUCUAA